AUGUUGCUACUGUUGAUAUCCCUCUUUUUCGUGGCGCCCCUGGUGGCGGUGGUCGCCCUCCUGUGGUCCGAAGGGAUCAUGCUACCCUUUGAAAAGAAAAAAGCAGAGUAUCCUCCCUUCAUGCCCAGCAUCAAGUACCCAAACCAAAUCGCCGGAUGGAUCGAAACCAUUGUCGCCUUGAUUGGGACCCGAGCCCCCUUUGUCGUCUACGAAGGCAUGAAGAAGCUACCCCAAGGCUACCCCUGGAUUGUCACUGGCAAGUUCCCCAACAAGUCUCCCAGUGGAUGUGGCUACGCCGUGGCAGAUGUUCACAUUGCCAAGGAAAUCUUGACAUCCCCUCACUCGCGUAAAUCCGUCAUGUACGACGGAGUCGACUUUUUGACCUGUGGGUUUCAGAAUAUCUUUACGGCCAAUGGUCAUCGCUGGAGACAUGCUCGCAAGUUUGUGGCACCCGCCUUUUCCUCCAACCACAUCAAGCGCAUGAACCGAAUCUGUGCCGAGCAUUUGGAACACUUUAUCAAUACCACUCUGGACAAGUACGCCGAAGAAGGAAAAGCAUUUGAUGUCAGCGAGGAAAUGGUCACUUUGACCUUGGCCAUCAUCUCCGAAGCGGCCUUUGAAUAUCCCAUGUCGCGAAAGGAGAUGCGAGAGUUUACACAUAAUCUGGAAGUGGCCGCCAAGACUUUUGUCAUUAUGAAUCCACUGCAUCAAAAGUUCCCUUGGCUCUUCCCUGCCGUCUGGAGGGCCCGCCAUGCCGCAAAGAACUUGCAAGCCUUGGCCUACCGUAUGAUGGACAACUAUAGAGCAGUGCACAAGGACAAGAAGGAGCAUGAGUUCAGGGAUGACACCAUCAUUAGCCGUAUCGUCAACAAUCCCAACUACACCUGUGACGACGAACGGGCUGCUGACAUUGCCAUUUUCAUGGCUGCCGGACACGAUACGACUGCCUACAGCAUUUCCUGGAGUCUCAUUGAGAUCUUUCGAACUCGUCCCGCCGAGUUGACCGAGUUCCGAAACAAGAUUGCCGAAAUGCCCGACCGUGACGAUUGGAGACGAGUUACAGAACUCCAGUACAUGAUCAAGGAGGCCAUGCGGGUGUACCCGGCCCUAGCCAUGGGAACGGUCCGUGAUGUGGGAGUGGAAAUCACCUACCAGCAUGGCAAAGAGAAGGUGGUUCUGCCCAAGGAUUCCAUUUACUUUAUCAAUCUAUUCCCCAUGUUCCGAAACCCAGAGUACUACGAUGAUCCGGAUGAAUACCGUCCUUCUCGAUGGGCCAAUCCAAAGACCGAAGAGGCACACAUUCCCUUCUCCAUUGGAUCUAGAAACUGCAUUGGGCAGACACUCGCCAAUGCCGAGCUCUCCACGGUUCUCUCGGUGCUCUGUGCUCGCUACGACUUUGAAUUGGUGCAAGAGGGUUACCCGGAAUUCUUUUCCACAUUGACGCCCUGCAAGUACAUGAUGAAGCCAACAAAAUUGUUUUAG